GAUGCAGGACCUUUGGAAAGAGGUCACAGAACAAUUUAUACUUGACCCCCUGUCAGGUUUGCGCAACUGUCCCGGACUUUCAACAUCUUUCCUCGGGUGGCCAAUCAAACUGAAUCUUAAGGGCGAACAAUUGAUUUCUGUUCUGAUUGAUGCAAUCGUUUACUCAAGGUUUUUACGCGCGCUUAGCCCUCAGAUGUCUUAACGCGCCAAAAUAAUGGAUAACAUUGACCGAGAUUACAUUGUAAAUGUGGCUAAACAACAUAAAAACUUCAAGGAAAUUAGCGAGUUUUUGAAAGCGACAAAUCCUGGUGUUCGUGGAUUUUCUGAACGUUCGGUUAAACGUUGCUGUUCGAAACAUGACAUCCGCCUACGUAUAAACCAACAAAAAAUAGAGAACAUCGUGGCUUCAGCUGUUAAAGAGGUAAGCAAAUUCACCUGUGCUUAGCGUAUGAGUGCAUGAUGUGAAACUGUACAAGUUAUUGCUUAUUUAGGUUGGUCCUACAUACGGUCGCAAAAUGAUGACUGGUUACAUUAAGCAAAAACACGGUUUCAAUGUCAGUCAAAAAAGAAUUGGAAAGGCCCUGUCAACUGUUUCGCCAGCAUAUCACGCAAGACGUCAAACAGAUACCGCAAGGUCUGUUAAUCCUAUCCCUUACAGGGCUGACUAUUUUGGUCACAAACUUCAUAUAGACCAAAACGAAAAAUUAGUAAUGUACGGUACAACGCAUGUCGUAGCAUUGGACGGUCACAGUCGCUUUGUUGUUGCUGCUGUUACAAUGCUAGUCAAAAGCAACCCCGUGAUAUAUUCGCAUAUAUACAGGUUAGAACAUGCGCAAUCAAUUUCGCUUGAUUCUAAUUUAGAUAUAGCUACGCACGUAAAAAUGCGCAGCAAAUUCCAAUUAUUUGUUUUUAUUUAGAAAGGUAUUGACCACAUAUUGCAUGUUUGACUAAGUUCGGGUGGACCACGGGAGAGAAUUUUUUCUCAUGCUGGGGAUGCAGGAGUAUCUGGCAAAUAUUCGUGGUGACCAAUUAAGUUUACCUUAUCAACAAACAGAAUCGAAAAGGAAUCUACCAAUUGAAAGAUUUUGGGUUGAAGUUAAUGGUCGAGUUAAUUAUCCAAUCAAAUCAAUACUAGUCGACAUGGACAAUUCAUUGAUUAUAGACAUGGAUAACAAUAUUCAUAAGUUCUGCGUUUCUUUUGUCACCUGCAAAGUUGCAAACUUUGGGCUGCAAACAUUGGUAAGAGCCUGGAACUGUCACCCAAUACCUGGUAGAGGAGUUCCAUUGAAUAUUAAAGAGAUGACAACUCGAUAUCCUCCAGUGCAGCAGAGUAAUGUCCCAGACACCGCAACAGCUAUGCAAAUAUACAACCAAACAUAUCAAGGACGGAUUUCUGAGCCUAACCAAUUCGGUGACGAUCCUUUAAAAGACCAUCCACAGUUUUUAGCUAAUCGAAACAGAGAGUUUAAUGAAAUCUGUAAUAUUGAACAAAUUUAUAACGAUGUUGUGAACGAAAAUGAUAGAUCGUUUCGACAUGCCGUACAUUGUUUUAUUGAUAUCACUGAAAGAUACAACGCUCUUUUGUAAAAUUGUCUUG